AUGGCAGAUAACAGUUCAACUGAAAAACUCACUCAUGCUCAGUUACCUCUUCCUAAAGAUGAAAGACUUAAGACAAUUGAUGUUAUUUCUACAAAAGGAAACUCUUUUGAGGACUUCUGCUUGAAGAGAGAUUUGCUUAAGGGUUUAUAUGAAAAGGGUUGGUCGGCUCCUUCCCCGGUGCAAGAAAGCAGCAUACCGAUGGCCCUUACUGGGCGUGAUAUAUUGGCCCGUGCGAAAAACGGAACGGGCAAAACUGGUGCAUAUUUGGUGCCCACUCUUGAACGCAUAGAUCCAAAAAUAAAUAAACUCCAAUCCCUGAUUCUAGUUCCGACUCGCGAGCUGGCACUUCAAACCAGUCAAAUUGCUACUGAUGUUUCAAAAUAUCUCGGAAUCAAUAUCAUGGUUACGACUGGUGGCACUAAUCUUGCUGACGAUAUUGCACGUCUAGAUGGCGCCGUACAUUGCUUGAUAGCGACACCUGGUCGUAUUGUUGAUUUCCUUAAUCGUUCCAUCUUAAAAUUGGAUCACUGCAGUACUUUAGUACUCGACGAAGCUGAUAAGCUUUUGUCUAUUGGAUUUAACGAAAUGAUUUUGAACGUUAUCAAGUCCCUUCCUGAAAAUAAGCAAAUAAUGCUAUAUUCAGCAACAUUUCCUGUUUCGGUACAAUCAUUUACUAAGGCUCACUUGAAAAAUCCAUACGAAAUUAAUCUUAUGGAAGAAUUAACUCUUAAGGGCGUCACUCAAUAUUAUGCUUAUGUUCAGGAAAAGCACAAAGUUCAUUGUUUGAAUACACUCUUCACUAAGCUGCAAAUAAAUCAGGCGAUAAUAUUCUGCAAUACAGCACUGCGUGUUGAAUUAUUGGCUAAGAAAGUAACCGAGCUAGGUUACUCGUGCUAUUACAUACAUGCAAGAAUGUCCCAGUGCUACAGAAAUCGCGUCUUUCAUGAUUUCCGCGCUGGGCAUUGCAGAAAUCUUGUUUGUACCGAUCUUUUUACUCGUGGCAUUGACAUCCCGUCUGUCAACGUUGUGAUUAACUUUGACUUCCCCAAAUAUGCGGAAACUUAUUUGCAUCGAAUCGGACGUUCGGGACGAUUCGGUCAUCUGGGUGUUGCCAUAAAUCUAAUAACUCAAGAGGACUGUAGUGCUCUAAAGGCAAUAGAAACCCAGUUGCAUACUGAAAUUAAGGCUAUUCCUAAGGACAUAGACAAGCGUCUCUAUGUCUCCGAAUACCAGACUGUUUCCAGUCUGGAUGAGGAAACUCGAAGAGCUCUCUCGAUGGGUUUAGGAAUUCCUGAGGAGAGCCAUAGUGAGGUCAUUUCUAGACCCCCAAAUAAUGUUCCUAUUGAAGUCGAGAAUAAAGCUUGA